AUGAAGUUCAUCAUCGCCUUUUCCUUCGCCACAACCGCCUUGGCUGGCAUUUUGAGCCCUCCGACUCCGGCGGAAGCUAUGCUCAAGCUCCAGAAGACGGUAAUAGCAGUCCGAAUGAAAAUUAUGUCCCUCAACGAGUUAGUUCCUAGUGGCAGCGAUGCUUCCAUUAUCGACGAAUGUCUUUCCAACUUCAAUCAAGUCAUCAAGGACACUACGAGGUUUUUCAACGCAAAGAGACAGCUUACUGCAGAGGAGCAAUCAAGUAUUCUUCCGUUUGUCGAACGUUUUGGGUCAUUCGGAUCCGAUUUCGCCGAAGUAUUAGAUGACCGAAUGCAGGCCAUUAGAAGCAGUGGCUCUUGCAAUACCGUCCACCUACAUCUCGGCUCCAUCCAAAACAACUUCUCCGAUCUCGGUCACCUGCUAUCCGGUAGGGUUAGCGAGGGUAGCAAGCCUAUGGUUCUGAAGAAAACGGAGGAGGUUGUUGAUAUCCUGCAAGACUUGAGCCCCCGGCUUACGCCGGCCGUAUGCAACAUGGCUCAAGAGCCAGCAGCCGCUAAAUAUCCUGCCGCCACACCUACAUCCGCUCCAUAUUCCACAGCUCUAUAUUCUUCCUCUGCUUACGCUACACCUUUAACCGCUCCAUAUUCUACAGCUCUGUAUUCUUCCGCCAAGUAUGCUGCCUGA